UACCCGGACCGGUUACCUUUUCAGUGUGGUAAAAGUGCCAGUCAUUCAAUAUUUCGAUACAGUGCUUCAUUCAUUAAUGCUGUAUUAGAUAAUUUGAAUAAAGAAUGGGUGCAGUACGUGUAAUUAACGACGAUGGCCAAUUUUACAGUGAAAUGGCCAGUGCGGGUACAAAAUUGGUGGUAGUAGAUUUCACAGCAACAUGGUGUGGUCCUUGCCAGAGAAUUGCACCAGUAUUUGAACAAUUGUCGGGUAAAUAUCCAAAUGCCAUAUUUCUUAAAGUUGAUGUGGAUAAAUGUGAAGAAACUGCUGCUGCGCAAGGUGUUAGUGCAAUGCCUACAUUUAUAUUCUAUCGUAACCAUACAAAAUUGGGCUUGUGUCAAGGAGAUGAUCCAGUUGGAUUAGAAUCGAAAAUUCAACAAUUUUAUGGCGUUGGGGAUUCAGAAGAAUCUGAGAGUCCAGUGUCUGGACAUAUGGAUUUAUCUACAUUCAUUACCAAGUCACAAUGUGAAUGUUUAAAUGAAUCUGAUGAACAUAAUUUCGUACAAUGUUUGACCUCAGAUGAUGGAUACCUUGAAAGUGACUGUGAUGAGCAAUUAAUAUUAUCUAUUGCAUUUUCACAAACAGUUAAAAUUCAUUCUUUGAAGAUUAAAGCUCCUAAGGAUAAAGGACCAAAAAAUAUUAAAUUAUAUAUCAACCAACCUAGAACAAUUGACUUUGAUAUGGCAGAUUCUAAUACAAGUAUUCAACAGCUAACAUUGUCAUCAAAGGACCUCGAAGAAGGCAAUGUAAUUCCAUUACGCUUUGUUAAGUUCCAAAAUGUGCAAAAUUUACAAAUCUUUGUAAAAGACAAUCAAAAUGGUAGUGAAACAACAAGAAUUGAUCACUUGAUUAUUAUUGGUUCACCAAUUUCAACUACAAACAUGGACGACUUCAAGAGAGUAAUUGGUAGGAUAGGGGAGAGUCAUUAACAGCCAUUUUUUUUAUACACAAUGAAUUCUAAAAGAAAAUGUAGUUUGAAACAUACUUUUCAGUCAUUUUUC